UAUGAAUGUAACCAAUGUGGUAAAGCCUUUGCAUGUAACAGGAGUCUCCUGGUACAUAAAAGAACUCACACUGGAGAGAAACCUUAUGAAUGUAACCAGUGUGGUAAAGCCUUUGUAAGUAACCGUAAUCUUCUAAUACAUAAAAGGACACACACUGGAAAGAAACCUUAUGAAUGUAACCAAUGUGGUAAAGCCUUUCUAUGUAACAAUCAUCUGGUACUGCAUAAAAGAACUCACACUGGAGAGAAAAUUUAUGAAUGUAAACAAUGUGGUAAAGCCUUUCCACACAACAGUCAUCUCCUAAUACAUGAAAGAACUCACACUGGAGAGAAACCUUAUAAAUGUAACCAGUGUGGUAAAGCCUUUGUAAGUAACCCCUUUGCAAGUAACAGUAAUCUUCUAAUACAUGAAAGGACACACACUGGAGAGAAACCUUAUGAAUGUACCCAGUGUGGCAAAGCCUUUGCACAGAACAGUCAUCUGAAUCAUCUUCAAAGUCAUAAAAGAAUUCAUACUGGACAGAAAGAUUAUGAAUGUAUUUACAUGGUGAAGCUCCUUUCUAUAAUCAUUAUGACAGAAUUC